GGCAGAUGGAUGCGAUGGUGCGUUUACCUUAGGUGGUAGCCUUGUUACAAAUCUGGUCCCCUGACCCAGAACGGCUUAGCGACUCCGCCUUCUCCGAGGCCCGCCUGGCUCCUGCCUUCUCCUAUCGAGUUCUGCUGUCCUGUCACUCGAGCAAACGAACGCACAAACUUGGCAGAAUUUGCGUUCAAAUUUCCAUUCUUUGCAUCUUUGUUAUUCUUUUCUUCGUUGCCCACUGUAUUGGCAGAGACUGGCGUGUGUUUGGCUGUGUGACUGGAGGCUGCCCCAGGUUCGCGAAGCCGAGGCCACCCUUAUCUAUGCCCUGAGAGUUGCUACACCGCACAUAGAGUUCUUAGCCCUACCUUACUUGCUUUCGUACCUUAGGCUCGCAGCCACAACGUGCCGGCCGACGCCGACCUUGGCUGCCUUACCAUCUGGACAUCAGCAUCGCCAAUCCACCGCGCACUCCAUCUCACAUGCACUUGAGCUGUUGCUGUCAGCAUAUAUAAGGUAGCUCAGUUUCAUCGCUACAAUGCCUAGAGUAACAAGGCGGAGUACAAAGCGAAAGGCGGAAGAGGAAGUGGCGGACAAGACGGCGGUAACUAGCACGAAUCAACAAUCGCUUCCCAAUACAAAGUUUGGGCAAGCUUCUGAAGUUAUCACUAGAUACUUUGGAAUCCAAGGUGUCCCAAGGCGGUUCACCAAACCGAGCAGUGAUAAUGGCUCAACGGACAGUAUUCACAGCUGCCCACCAAGUUCUGAGGAUGAGUACGAGGACGAGGUAGCCAUUGUAGAAGACAUGCAGUCUGAACCAGCACCCCAACUGCAAGAAGGCACCGAAUCUUCCACGUCACUAGUCACCGAGUGGCUAUCCACGACUCCCGAACCGGACAAGGAUGACACUCGCUCUAUUUCAUCGCCUUGGAAAACACGAAAGACAACGUCUGAAACGAGCACACUGUCAGCCUCGAAAGGGCAUCAGCCUUGUUCACCUCUCAAUUCGCAAGACCUACACCAUCAGAGUGAUUCGAUGGACAUUGAUCCGCCAAGAUCGCCGCAACAGACAUCACUCAGCUUCAAAUCCAUCGAACCGCCUUCAACCGACUUUGAGUUCCAGGUCCAGUACAACACCAAUUCAGGAAACAAGCUGAAAACCCGAUCACUCUCUCCAUAUGUUAGCGGCAGUCCUCUAGGCGGCGAAUCUGAAUUGGUUCAACGUCCUCAUUCUACACCUCCCGAGCGAACUACACCCAACCUAGUCCUCGAAACAGUGUUGGGUUGCUCCGACUUGCUUAAUAGAGGGGAUGCCUCAGCUUCACAGCCUGACAUCAACGAAUCUUUGGCUGACGAUCAACUUCAUCUGCCAAUCCUGUCUGGUGAACAGAUACCAACAACUGAACAUCAGAUUUCAGCAUGGAACCCUUCGUCUUCACGCGGUUCCAGUCCUCUGUCGUCACCUCCCGACUCACCAACCAUGCAAUUGCUUGAUAUGAUAAACUUUCCAUCCGUCUCGGCUACUCCCUCAGUCCUGGAAUCUGCCGACUCUGCAACACUUCCAACGACCGAGGCGUGCUUCGAACCCAGAACUAGCACAGUGUAUGAGACGAGCGUGCAAGCCCUAGAUCAAGCUAUUGUUGUUCCGUUAUCCGCUCAGCCAGCACCCAUCCCAGAUCACUCCUAUCUACUUCGGCCAUCUGUGCAAUCAGCACCCACCCCGGUUCGACAUGCUGCCCCUUUGAGCAAGAUGGACAAAGUACCUAGGGUCGCAAGUCAAGUCCCCAAGAAGCGAGCACUAGUGGUAGGCUCAAGGGAAGAACGCGAUAUCCUGGUGAGACUGUAUGUGCAGGAGGCCGGCGAGCUGACAACAAUAAAGACUAAGCUGUCCUAUCUCGGUAAUCGAAUUGGACAGGUCAAGGGCGUGAAAGAGACCGAGAGGAUGCUGAGAAUUCUGGGCCAGGCGGAAAAUGAUGGCGAGUUGACACUGAGAUCUAUUCACAGAAAACGGGCGGAGGAAAUUAGGCAGCGAGAUGCCAAGGUUGAGGGGCAGAAUGCGAAACAGGUCAAGAGUGGUGAAGGACGGAGUGGGAGUCUUUUAACUUCUAACAUCAAGAAUACUGUUGGGGAUGGCGCUAGUGCUGCUAAAGUCGGGGCUGAGGACAGCACUUGCACUGAUAUUCCCAUGACUGAUGUUGGGGACAAGGUCGAUGUCGACAGUGGUGCCAAUCUUGAGCAACCCGCGGUUACCAAAGGCAAGACCACGGCUAAGGAGGAGCAUAUUGAGGAUAUGAUCUAUGUAUGCAUGGGACUCUUUACAAGCCGGCAGGAUCUGGCUAGGACGACGAAGGCGGCCGGGGCGAACGCAGGGAACGACACGGCCGGGAAUACCUUGGAACUAUGGGCGCUUCACACCUGCGCUAAAUGCCGAUUUUGGGCGAUGGAGGAAGAAGGCAUUUGAUAGAGUGGUACAAGAUAGAUAGUCGUUGCUCGUUUCUUCUUGUUGCUCUUCAUUAGAAAGCUCAAUCAUGACCUUGCUACAGAAUACCUGGAUCAUGCU